AUGUUAACUUCAUCCGGAGUAGGUCGAGGAAGUCGCGUUAAUUCCAAGAAGAAUUUAGCAUCCAGCACAAUACCGUCUGUAUCUUCCUCUGAACCGUUUUCUCCUAGUCAAAGACCGAUUAACCAACCAUCAAAGAAACUCCAGUCGUGGAAUACCGGGUCCUCUGCAAAUGUAAAUUUCAAUUCCACUAUGAUAUUACCUACUCAGUCGAUGGGGAUUCCCAUGGCAAAUUCUGGAUUUAUUGGUAGUAUGGAUAGUCGAGAAUCUCCGGUUGCUUUUGCCACACAGUUAAAUAAUGGUAGUAUGAGGCCUAAUUCAGGUCCUCCAGUUAAUAAUAAUUUAAGCAUAUCUACAACUGGAAUGGCGUAUAAUGAAUCAUCAAACAGUUUAGAUGCUCAAUCCAAUCACAAUAUGCGUUUACCAGUUUCUCCUCGGCAGUCCUAUUGUUCCAGUCAAACGCCUAUGCAACAGCAACAAUAUUCAGUUCCUAAUACAUCAAGUAACUGUACGUCGUAUCCUUCGGGUCAUGGCAAUAAUUCAUUUUACAAUCAAACUAAUCAGCAUGUUUCUAAUAUAAAUAUGAAUACACCACAACAAACACUUACAACGAACAACAGUCAAAUGUGUUAUCCGAAUAAUAGUGUGUCACUGAAUAAUAGUAAUAAUAAUGCUCAGCAUACUCCACCAAAUGUGCAUUAUCAGUCACAUACAAUGCAACCUAAUUCACAUAUACAAACUAUUUCAUCUCCAAUGACUUCAAAUUGUAAUCGAAUUUCUGCACAAUCGAACUCUAAUUCUCAAAAUUAUCUUCCACCUGCUUCUCUACCGCCACCUCCCAGUAGUAAUAGUAGUAUUGCUACCACUACUACGACUACUGCAGUUGGUUCUGCGUCGUAUACGUAUACUGAUCGCUUAGUAUGUCCAAUCACUAACGGUAUGGUAUGGGGUCCGACUCAAAUACAAUUAAAUGAUAUCAUGCAUCAGUAUCUUCCUGAAGGGAUAUAUAUACGUCGUUUCGAAUUUGAUUUGACUGCAAAUCAUCUAAGUACAAUCGUUGGACGUAGUGAUUUAGAUAUUGUAGUCUGUAGUCACCUUUUAUCAGAACCAUUACAAGUGUGCCAUUGGCCACCUGAUGCUGUACAAAUUCGUUUUAAUGACUACCUUUUGCGUCUUGAUCGUAGUUCUGUGAACGGUGGUCAACCUGCGCAUAAAGUAGCCUGCGUUAAACAACUUUGUCGACCAGGUCGUAAUCAACUGGAGAUAGCUAUACUGGGUCUUGGUGAAGAUCCUAAUCAACCAUCUACCAUGGCUAAACGUCGAGCCACCGCUCAAACACUCGAGGCUCAUCGGUUCGCAGCCUUUAUGGCACAUAUGCCAGCUCUUAACGUCCUACUUGAUGGACUUCAACGACGACGACCUGCUGGCAUAAAUACUCUUUGUGACAUUAUUGAAGGUCGUAUCGGUACACGGAACUUGAAUGAAGAUGGAAGUAUAACUCGGAAUAUAUCUGGACCUCCUCAAACACCUGUUAUUGCUGAAUUAAAUUUAAUAUGUCCAGUGUUCCGUACAAGAAUGCGUAUACCUGGUCGUAUUGCCGGUUGUCAACACGUAGAAGCAUUUGAUAUGGAAGCUUUUCUACGUAGAGAAGUUCUUUGGCCUAGGCUGAAUUGUCCAAUUUGUGGACAUAAAAGCCCUGCUGGUCUGGAUGGAUUGUGCAUUGAUACUACUAUAUUGUACGCUUCACAAUUAGUACCUCAAACAGCUGAAAGUAUUCUCGUACGCUCAGAUGGCUAUUGGCGACUGGUACCCCCAUUAUGUUUAGAUCUGCCCGUUGAUAUUGACCAGUGGCAACCUUUAAUUGGUCCGAUGACAGAACUAGUAUCCCAAGCUUUUAAUCAGAUUUCUUCAAAGGGUCCACUUCGUGGACAAACUCCUGGAAAUGCUGGAGUACGGCAAGUUGCUACUCAUUGUCAUACAAAUACCUCUCAAACAGCUCCUGAUUGGAUUCAACCUCCGUUACAAAGAAUUUCACCCCAGCAGCAUCAACAACACCAAUCUCCCAAAGUUACCACAACAUCGCGUAAACCCCAACCACUACAACCUUCGAUUCAAACAACAAAAGUUGUCACAUCUCAGCAAGACUUGACGAAUUCCCCGCAACGGAUUUCUGAUUGUUGUUCACCUAGUAAUCAAACUAAUUUGGAAAAUGUUUGUUCAAGUGUUAGUUGUGGGCCUAGUGGUGAACUAGUUGAUUCUGCUUAUUCAUCAGCAGCUUCACGACCUUCAUCACAACCCGUCUCAUGGAUCGGAACACAAUCCUCACCGGAUAAAAUGAGUACCUCCACAUCGUUGCCAUCUUCACCAUCAGUUUCUACUCGUUCUGUUAGUUGUUUUUCAAUGGCUGCUAUACCAGGCGUAAAUAUGUGUGUUGUCGAUAGUAUGUCGUCCACAUCAUCUAGUCUGUCAACUACAUCUACGUAUCCAACAAUGAUUACAAAAUCAUUUCUAUCGACAUCUGCAAGCUCGAAUAUGGGUAAAGGAGUACCUUUUGAACAAUCUAUAGAGGUUGGGAGUGAUGACAACUCUUAUCAAACUCCUAUAACGACAACAAUAUCUGUCCCUUCAAAGGUUUUUUCAACGAAUGAAGUGUCGGCGAAAAGUGGUGUUGUUACUAGCGAGUAUUGCAGUCCAUCAGCUGUUAACCUGGAAUCAUCCAGUAGCUUAGCAUCAUCAACCAGAAGAUGUCCAACAUCCUCACUGAAUAUGGGGUUAGAUUUUUUGUUGACUGAAGACCAAACAGUUACGUCAAUCGCUAUGUGUUCUGGCGAAAGGAGUCCACAAAUGUCUUCAGCAAUUGUUUCUGCUGCUGUUCGUUCUCUUCUUACGUCAACGUGUGAUACAGUCGGUAGUAGUAUAUCACCAGCUGUUUCUGCUUCAGCUACAAAUUCGGAUGAUUUUCCCGUUACUAAAACAGUAUGCUCUAACAGUUCAUGCAGUGAACAGUCUACCUCUCCUAAAAGUGAGAAUAUUUCUUUUAAUCGUGAACAACCAAGUGAUUAUGGAGAUAGAUUGAUCCCUAAUUCCUUCUUGAGUGGAGAAGAAACGUGUAAACUUAGUAGCGAACUAUCAAAUUGUACACCUAAAGUUGAAGGUGACGUGAAAAUGAGCUUAAAUGAACUUAAUAAUGAAGACACAUCACAAGUACUUAGUGAAGUGUCUAUGCCAACUAAACGAAUGAAAUUAGAAUCACCACAAAUUAGCCCACAAAUAUAUCUUCAUGCUUGUAUUGCUGAAGACACUGCAAAUCUUCCGGCUAAACAAGAUGAUGAUACUGUUUCAAAUCAACAAUCUACCAUGAAUUCAGUGACAACAACUACACUGAAUGAUGGGUUAUACGAAGUGAAAAAAGUUAUCUCAGGACAUUCGAAUGACAUUGAUGAUGGUAAUAUUCCUGAAUAUGUUGGUCUAGUUAGUAAUGAUUUUGAUGAGGAAAAGAUUUCUAUAGAAUUGAUACACUCUGUAUCUUCUAAAAUCGAUCAGCUAGACUUGUUUCUGGAUGAAUCGUACAUACGAUUUGUGGAACAUUUUCCUUGUGUUUAAAUAACAACAAAACUUACACUACACAAGUCAUCACUAUUUCGUAUUGGGUCGGUUGUUGUCCAGUUAUCUUACGUAAUCAUUCCUAUGUUAAUAUGUAUAUAAAGAUAUAUAUUUGCUUACUUUAUUGUACAAUACGAAUUAGGUUAUUUCUAAUUUAUUCAAUGGUAUGUAAUGCUCAACACAAAGAUUCUUUAUAUUAAAUUUCCUUCUAAUCUUUUACUCCUUUUCAAUUUACUUAGAUAAAGAAUUCGUUUUCGUAUUUGUUUUUAGGAUUAAUGAAAGUCACAAUUCAUUUUUUGUGUUUUAAAUGAGUAAAAUGCAUUUUUAACUUUUGUCAUAUUUAUACAAUUCACUGUUUCAAAUUAGUCAUCUUAUGUCUCUUCUUUUUAUCACAAAAUGGUACAGUUUAAAAUUUCUUAAUAAAAUGUAGAAUGUACUUUUAAUAUGUCCAGUUUUUUCUGUAGUUGUUUAUUGGCUAGUCAGGG